UAGUAACGAAACAAGCAGAGAGAGAGAGAGAGAGAGAGAGGGAGAGAGAUAAAUAAUAUACAGAAAUGAGCAGGUCGAGCUCGAGCAUGGCCACCGUCCUCGUGGUGUUGAUGGUCGUCAGCGCCGGCGGCUUAUCCCCACCAUGUGCGGCCGCUGCGAAGGAGGAGAAGCCAGUGGUGGUGCUGCCACCUGCGGCGGCGCCAGGGGAGGCGCCCUCCGCGGACGCGGCAGCGUUCGUCCGCUCCUGCUGCGACACCGCCCUGCAGGCCGACCGCGACGGCUCCAGCUUCUGCUAUGACCAUCUCCUCCCCUACGCUGCCUUCUUCGAGGGCAACCAGGUGAAGGUCGCCGAGGUGGCCGCCACCAUCCUAAGCACCAACCUCUGGGUCUACGCAUGCUCUCUAGCUACCUACUAAGUGGAAGUACAUUAUUUUAUUUAUUAUACUUGUUGUUAAUUCCCAUGAUCGAUUAGUGGUGUUGUCCACGAUUUUUGGUAACAUUGUUUUUCUCAAUUUUCUAUUUCAUAUAUUCCCAACUCUCAAUUCUACAUUAUAUAUCAUUUUUUCAUUCAACUUCAUACAUACAAUUCCUCAGUUCUUUCUUAUAUAUAGGCCUUACGCUAAAUUUCUUUUGGAUACACACCACCGUCGAUUAUAUCGUGCAUACUUUUGUAUUUCAAUUAAUUAAUUGUGAUACUUGCUUCCCACACAUUGAUCGCAUGCACGCCACAUUUGUAACAUUGUUAUCAAAUUUCGGAAAUAAAUUUAUCUAUCGUGUGAAUUAUUUCA